AUGGAGGCGGAUGGGGACCUGGAGGAGCUGGCCCGGCUACGCUCCGUUUUCGCCGCCUGCGACGCGAACCGCUCCGGGCGCCUGGAGCGUGAGGAGUUCCGCGCGUUGUGCGCGGAGUUGCGCGUGCGGCCGGCCGACGCCGAGGCCGUGUUCCAGCGGCUUGACGCCGACCGCGACGGCGCCAUCACCUUCCAGGAGUUCGCGCGCGGCUUUCGCGGGGCCCGCCGCGGGGGUCCACGCCGGGGCUGGGGGCCGCGAGAGCCCGCGCCCGCCGCGGCCCUGGUGGGGUCCGACCCCGGGUCCGGCGGGGAGGACGAGGGCGACGAGGACGCGGCAGCGGCUCUGGCUGCUCCCUGGGACCCGGCGAGCUCCGGCCAGGCUUGGCAGGACUUCCAGGCGCGACUCGGGGACGAGGUCAAGUUCAUCCCCAGAAAAGAACAAGUUAGUACCUUGUAUCAAAACAUCAACCUCGUGGAGCCAAGACUGAUUCAACCAUAUGAACAUGUUAUAAAGAACUUUAUCCGUGAGAUCAAACUUCAGAGCACAGAAAUGGAAAACCUGGCCAUUGCAGUGAAGAGAGCCCAGGACAAGGCAGCCAUGCAGCUGAGUGAGCUGGAAGAGGAAAUGGAUCAGAGGAUUCAGGCUGCAGAACACAAGACACGGAAAGAUGAAAAACGCAAAGCUGAGGAAGCCCUGAGUGACCUCAGGCGUCAAUAUGAAACAGAAGUGGGAGACCUACAGGUGACGAUAAAGAAACUCAAGAAGCUAGAAGAACAAUCAAAACACAUAAGUCAGAAACAAGAUGUGGCUGCAUUAAAGAAACAAAUUUAUGACUUAUCAAUGGAAAAUCAGAAAGUUAAGAAAGAUCUUUUAGAAGCACAGACAAACAUAGCCUUUCUUCAGAGUGAAUUAGAUUCUUUGAAAAGUGAUUAUGCUGAUCAGAGUCUGAAUUCUGAAAGGGAUCUGGAAAUAAUCCGAGAAUACACAGAAGAUCGAAAUAGUCUUGAGAGGCAAAUUGAAAUACUCCAAACAGCUAACAGGAAACUGCAUGACAGUAACGACGGCCUAAGGAGUGCCCUUGAAAACAGCUACAGCAAGUUCAGCAGAUCCUUGCGCAUAAAUAAUAUCUCACCAGGGAAUACAAUUUCUAGAAGCAGUCCUAAAUUUAAUCUUCAUUCUCCUCAACCUCUGGGCUAUGACAGAUCAUCCCGCUGUUCCUACAUGGAUGAGGACUGUGACUCGCUGGCCCUCUGUGAUCCCAUGCAGAGGAUGAAUUGUGAUGUUGACAGCCUGCCCGAGAGCUGCUUCGACAGUGGGUUGUCUACCCUGCGAGAUUCCAAUGAGUAUGACUCGGAGGUGGAGUACAAGCACCAGAGGGGAUUCCAGAAGUCGCACGGCAUGCAAGAGAGCUUUGGGGGUGAUGCUUCGGACACGGACGUUCCUGAUAUAAGGGAUGAAGAGACAUAUGGCUCAGAAGGCGUGGCUUCCGUCCUGAACUGGAAGCCCCCAGAAUCUGCUAGUGAAGGUAGUAUCGUUAGCUCCUCAAGAAAGCCCAUCUCUGCGCUUUCACCACAGACAGACAUGGUGGAUGAAAGCCAUAAAUCUUCCAGCUCGCAGAAGGCUUACAAGAUUGUGCUGGCCGGGGACGCUGCAGUGGGGAAGUCGAGUUUCCUCAUGAGACUUUGCAAGAAUGAAUUUCGAGGAAACACAAGUGCUACCCUGGGAGUUGAUUUUCAAAUGAAAAUGCUGAUCGUAGAUGGAGAACGGACAGUACUGCAGCUGUGGGAUACAGCUGGCCAGGAGAGAUUCAGAAGCAUUGCCAAGUCUUACUUCAGAAGAGCAGAUGGUGUUUUGCUGCUGUAUGAUGUUACAUGUGAGAAAAGCUUUCUUAAUGUACGAGAAUGGGUAGAUAUGAUUGAGGAUGCAGCCCAUGAGAGCAUUCCUAUCAUGUUGGUGGGAAACAAGGCUGAUCUUCGUGACGCUGCUGAAGCAGAGGGACAAAAAUGUGUCCCAGGGUACUUUGGAGAAAAACUGGCCAUGACCUAUGGGGCAUUAUUUUGUGAAACAAGCGCCAAAGAUGGUUCAAAUAUAGUGGAAGCUGUUCUCCAUCUUGCUCGGGAAGUGAAAAAAAGAACUGAUGAGGAUGACAGCAAAUCCAUUACCAAUCUGAGUGGCACUAGUUCCAAAAAGUCAACCCAGAUGAAGAACUGUUGCAAUGGUUAA